AUGUCAUCUAAUGCGCCAAUCGUGUGGCAUCCGGCACUCAACCUGCAAGCCAAAUCGGCAUCACCGGCUCCGAGCCACUCAGGUCAUGGCUUUGCCCUCAUCAUCCUCAACCAGGCGCUCAAGGAUCUGCAUACAUUGAAGCGACUGUGGUGGAAUGCAUCUUACCGCGUCGCUGCAGACGGCGGCGCAAAUCGCCUCUAUGAUUCAAAUCGGCGUCUGCACAGCACCGGCGAGCGCUACGUCCAAGGGACCGACGCCCUCGACAAUCUAGACGUAAUCAUAGGCGACCUAGACUCGCUCUCCGACACCGCAAGGCGGUACUUCACCCAAGCUAGUCCCGAGCUGCAAAUCAUUCACGACCCAGACCAGUACUCGACUGACUUCGGCAAGGCCGUGCAGCACAUCCGCAACUCCCAUGUCGGCAGAAGCAUCGACAUCGUCGCUAUGGGCGGGCUAGGCGGCCGCGUGGACCAGGGACUGAGCCAACUGCACCACCUGUACGCAUUCCAGACGUCGCCUUCGUACGCAGAGGGCAGAUUGUUCCUCGUCAGCGGGGCUAGUUUGACGUUCUUGCUCAAGGCGGGGAGUCAUCGGAUACACGUCCGCGAGCGCGAUAUUGGGCAUGCUGAUGGCGGAAGGAGGGAGGCGGAGGAAGUCUUUGGGCAAUACGUCGGUAUCAUCCCGGUCAAGGAGCCGAGCGUGAUUAGUACCAAGGGUCUGGAAUGGGAUGUGGAGGAUUGGCCGACGGAGAUGGGUCGGCAGGUUAGCACGAGUAAUCAUGUUCUGCCCGAGACAGAGGUGGUGGAGGUGAAGACGACAGCGGAUGUACUGUUCACGAUCUCGCUAAAGGAGAAGGCGGAGGCUGAGGAGAAACUUCCUUUGUCCAAUACCCCUUUGGGGAGAUGA